CGGGGUGAUUAUGGCUACAGCUACAUCCUUUCCGUCACCGACCUCACUAUCUAUCGCCCUCCCCUUGCAAGUGGCUCACAUUAUUACUUCUUCCUUCUCGGCAAGGACACGGGUAAUCUGGCGGUGACAGACCGACUAACUCGUACUACCCAUCCCGUGCCAAUCAAUCCGGUCGGAUAAGGAUUAGAGAAUAGAUGAAAUGGAAUGAAGAGCUUCGGAAGCCGUGGAAGUCCCAACUCCCAAAUCAAUCUACAUCACACUAGGUACGGUUCCACCUCUUGCACGGUGAAAUUGAACCCGGUACCCAAUGACUGCUGCGGACGGCCAUUCCCAAUGCAGCGGAUCUUCCUGAGCUCGCCUGCGGAUUGGCGACUUGGACCAUCAGCUUAUCGCUACACGAUCAUUGGCCCUGAUCCUCUUACCACGUUGUUAUUGGCCAGUGCUCUCCGACCAGCACGGACAGACCCCGAAAGACCAGACUCCGACCAGCUGGACGGUCGCCUCUCCAGGGCGAUGUUCCCGCCGCCGCAGCUUCGGGCAAACUGGAACCCGCCUGGAGUCGAUUAUGUAACAGUUAUGACUGUCGCGGUGGCUUCAUUACCCCUUUGGGCUAGCUCUUCCGUUGUACCUCGGCCGUUGAGGGCUUGACUUGUCUGCUUAGCCUACUUUGAAGUGCUCUCCAGCUUCACUCAAGUCACUUUCACUGACAC